GCCGCGUCUCUUACAUCGACUGCCUCAGCGUCGUGCUGUGAGAAAGCCCCGGAGCGAGCAGCCGCCAUGCGUGAGUGCAUCUCCAUCCACGUGGGCCAAGCGGGCGUGCAGAUCGGCAAUGCGUGCUGGGAGCUGUACUGCCUGGAGCACGGCAUCCAGCCCGACGGGCAGAUGCCCAGCGACAAAACCAUCGGCGGGGGGGACGACUCCUUCAACACCUUCUUCAGCGAGACGGGGGCCGGCAAGCACGUGCCCCGUGCCGUCUUUGUGGACCUGGAGCCCACCGUGAUCGAUGAGGUGCGCACGGGGACGUACCGGCAGCUCUUCCACCCCGAGCAGCUGAUCACGGGCAAGGAGGAUGCGGCCAACAACUACGCCCGGGGGCACUACACCAUCGGCAAGGAGAUCAUCGACCUGGUGCUGGACCGCAUCCGCAAGCUGGCUGACCAGUGCACGGGGCUGCAGGGCUUCCUGGUGUUCCACAGCUUCGGGGGCGGCACCGGCUCCGGCUUCACCUCGCUGCUGAUGGAGCGCCUGUCGGUGGACUACGGCAAGAAGUCCAAGCUGGAGUUCUCCAUCUACCCGGCCCCGCAGGUGUCCACGGCCGUGGUGGAGCCCUACAACUCCAUCCUCACCACCCACACCACGCUGGAGCACUCCGACUGCGCCUUCAUGGUGGACAACGAGGCCAUCUACGACAUCUGCCGCAGGAACCUGGACAUCGAGCGCCCCACCUACACCAACCUCAACAGGCUGAUAGGGCAGAUCGUGUCCUCCAUCACAGCCUCACUGCGCUUCGAUGGGGCUCUGAACGUCGACCUGACGGAGUUCCAGACCAACCUGGUGCCCUACCCUCGCAUCCACUUCCCAUUGGCCACGUAUGCGCCGGUGAUCUCUGCUGAGAAGGCCUACCACGAGCAGCUGUCGGUGGCUGAGAUCACCAACGCGUGCUUCGAGCCGGCCAACCAGAUGGUGAAGUGCGACCCGCGGCACGGCAAGUACAUGGCGUGCUGCCUGCUGUACCGCGGGGACGUGGUGCCCAAAGAUGUCAACGCCGCCAUCGCCACCAUCAAGACCAAGCGCACCAUUCAGUUCGUAGACUGGUGCCCGACUGGGUUCAAGGUGGGCAUCAACUACCAGCCUCCCACCGUGGUGCCCGGGGGGGACCUGGCCAAGGUGCAGCGCGCCGUGUGCAUGCUGAGCAACACCACGGCCAUCGCCGAGGCGUGGGCGCGCCUGGACCACAAGUUUGACCUGAUGUACGCCAAGCGCGCCUUCGUGCACUGGUAUGUGGGGGAGGGCAUGGAGGAGGGGGAGUUCUCGGAGGCUCGGGAGGAUAUGGCUGCCCUGGAGAAGGAUUACGAGGAGGUGGGGGUGGAUUCGGUGGAGGGUGAGGGUGAGGAGGAAGGAGAGGAGUACUGAGAGUUCACAACGGUGCUGCUCGUACAGGGAACAAUCCUAGUUAUCCCCCACCCCACCCCCGUGGGUCUGUAGCGGUGUGCGCUGCUGUCUGUGCUGUUCUAUGGUCUGUGGUUCAAUGGAAAGUCUGUUACAGACCCCUCCCCACCCCGCCCUCCCCCUGUCCUCUCCUGUGUGUCUCAAUGAAUAAAAAGCAUUUCCUGUCUUAA